AGUAAGUGCGUCGCCUUGCAUUUGAUCGGUUGCUUGCGAUGAUCUCGCCGUGCGUUGGGAAAUUCGCGUCAUCGAAGAAAGUGAAUCGUGACACGUAUCGCAACAGGAAGACGCAGUUUAUCCAGUCGUGAAUCAUUUGAACUAGUCCCAAAGUGGUGAAACGGAGUAGAAACGCUCAUACGCUCGACUAAACAAAUUUCCGAAAAUCGGUUAUACAUAAUAAAACUGACAGCAUACAAUCGAACGCAACGCAAUGAAUUCCUGGGGAGCCUUCGAUUUGUACACCAAAUUGAUUCGGGAAGAGAGCUCUGGUCGCAGCUCCCGCCGUAGUCGAACAUCCAUCGAGAAACUGCCGGAUAAAGUGAUCUUGCAUAUUUUUUCCUAUCUGAGUCACCUUGAAAUAUGUCGCAUGGCAAUGAUCUGUCGCAGGUGGCGUACAAUCGCCUACGACUCCAAACUAUGGAAAAAUGUAUCGCUCCGUCCGGAAAUUUCCGGUCUCCAUGUGACGUCGCUAGAAUCACUGCUGCAGAUGAUUUCGGUGCGCUUCGCCGCAUCUUUACGAUAUAUCGAGCUUCCGAUCGAACUGAUCACCCAUACUGUGCUGCAUGAGCUGUCCAAUAAAUGCCCCAAUUUGACGCACAUGCUGCUGGAUUUUUCCACGGCUAUGCAACUCCACGACUUCAGCGAGAUGCAAGCCUUUCCCGCAAAACUUCGCUACAUGUGCAUCUGUCUGUCGGAGGUCAUCUUCAUGGAGGGUUUCAUGCGUAAAAUCUACAACUUUAUCAAUGGUCUGGAAGUGCUUCAUCUUAUCGGGACAUAUGAGAAAUGUGAGGAGGAAGAAGAGGAAAUCUAUGAGGUCAUUAACGUCCAUAAGUUAAAAUCUGCCACCCCGAAUCUACGAGUUAUCAACCUAUACGGAAUCAAUUUCAUCGACGACUCGCACAUCGAUGCCUUCAGCUCUAACUGCAUUCAGCUGGAAUGUCUUGCCGUUAACUACUGCAGCAAAGUAACUGGAUCAACUUUGAAAGCUCUGCUUGCGCGCUCCAAACAGCUGAAGUGUUUGCUCAUGAAUGGUACAGACCUCAAAUCGGAGUUCGUCCUACAGGCUGAGUGGGACAAGUGUUCUGUUCAGGAACUUGAUAUUUCCGGCACUGAUCUGAGCACCGAAUGUCUUAUCGAUAUCCUGACCCGUAUUCCUACGUUACGCUUUCUGAGUGCAGGUCAGAUUAAUGGUUUCAAUGAUUCGGUGUUGAAAGCUUGGGCCGAAAGUGGUGGCCCCAAGAGUCUCAUCGCGAUGGAUCUUGACUCGUCGGACAAUAUUUCCGACGAAGCCCUGGGACGUUUCAUUACCCGCUACGGAGCCCAACUUCAGGCUUGUGUCCUGUCUGGAAUGACGCAUAUCACCGACCAAUUGUGGAUGACCAUUCUUCCAACCUUGGCCAAUGUCAAGAUCGUUGUGAUGGGUACGACCGAACGUCUAGGCGGUAACAUCCACGUCGAUCAGCUGAUGGAUACGAUUGGGUCGUCCUGCCCGAAACUAGAGCGGCUUGAGUUGCGCUGGGAUCCGGAAAAUCUACGAUUUUCGGACAAGAGCCAAAAGGCAAUCGAUAUGCUGCGAGUCAAGUGUUCUAAGCUGCGCUGUAUGGUGCUGAGCGAUGGCCGUUACUACGAGACGGUCAAGGCGAACUUCGAGCGAGCAGAUCGAACGACAGUGGUUCGAACCACGACCAGUUGCCGUGUCUCAGCUUAUCAUGUGCUGAGUAAUUACAACGACUUGAUCUUUAAUUGAGCAACGAUGUUGUCAUAGAAUCUACUACUAGUCGAAUUUGAAAUGUUUUUUAUAAAGUGUACAGGAUUUAUUUAUCAAACGAUUCAAGAGAUUAUAACCCAAAUGAGCUUCAGUGUUCAAUUGGUUCAAUAGAAGGAGGAAUAUUGUGUAAUAUGUCACUGAGAACAUAAUAAAAGACGGAGUGUUAUUUGAAGUUGA